CCCAGCCUCCUGCCGAGCUGCUGCUGCUGGCUGACACUCGGGGUUUCGGGCCGCCGGCCGGCCGGCGGCUGUAGUAGUAGUUGGAAGUACGCCUCGGAGACUCGGGGGCGUCGCAGGCCCCUCGGACCCCUGGAUUUAUUCAGAUGUUGGAGUGACAUUAAUGAAGAGAUGUUGGAGUAGGUGUGAAUGUCGAGCUUAUUGAUAUACCAGAAGACAGAGUCCAUUUGUUUGGGUUCCUUAUUUUUUCUCCUGCUGUUCUGAUUGUUCUCCAAUGUAAAACUAGAAAAACUUAGAAAAUAAAAGGAAGAUGUUAUGAUCUUGAGUUAUCUUUUGAGGAAAAAAGUAAAGUGGCCAAGAUAAAGCAGGCAUGGCAUCAAGAGAGAGGCUUUUUGAACUUUGGAUGCUUUAUUGUAACAAGAAAGACCCAGACUACCUGAAGCUAUGGUUGGAGAGUUUUGUUUCUAGCUAUGAGCAAUUCUUAGAUGUGGACUUUGAGAAACUGCCUACUCGAGUGGAUGAUGUGCCUCCUGGAAUAUCUCUUCUUCCAGAUAAUAUUCUACAGGUUCUAAGAAGCCAGCUACUGCAGUGUGUGCAAAAAAUGGCAGAUGGACUAGAGGAGCAACAACAGGCUUUGUCAAUUCUCCUUGUCAAGUUCUUCAUAAUCCUUUGCAGAAACCUCUCUAAUGUGGAAGAAAUUGGGACUUGUUCCUACAUUAAUCAUGUUAUCACCAUGACAACACUCUAUAUUCAGCAACUAAAAAGCAAAACAAAAGAGAAAGAUGUGGCAGAUCAGACUUCUAUUGAAGAAUUUGUAAGACAUGCACUGGCUUUUUGUGAGAGCUUAUAUGACCCGUAUCGGAACUGGAGGCAUAGAAUUGCAGGAAAGAGCCUUAGUACUGUGGAAAAGAGCAGACAGAAAUACAAAGCAGCCUCUCUUACAGUGGAAUUCAUUCCUUUCUUUUACCAGUGUUUCCAGGAAAGUGAACAUCUCAAGGAAAGCCUUAAAUGUUGCCUGUUACAUCUCUUUGGAGCCAUUGUAACUGGUGGACAGAGGAAUGCUCUACAAGCAAUUUCACCAGCUACUAUGGAAGUCCUUCUUCGAGUUUUGGCAGAUUGUGAUUCCUGGGAUGAUAGAGAUCCUGAGGAAGUGAGUAGGAAGGCAGAGUUAACUCUUAAGUGCCUGACAGAAGUGGUACACAUUCUCCUGAUUAGCAGCUCAGACCAGCGGCAAGUGGACACCAGCACCAUUUUGGAGAACUACUUCAAGUUGCUGAACUCUGAUCACUCUGCAAUACCUCCUCACAGGAGGUCCAGACAGUGGGAGAACCGGUUCAUCACACUACAGAUACAGAUGUUGAAUACCAUCACGGCCAUGUUAGAUUGCACAGACAGGCCUGUUCUACAGGCUAUUUUCCUUAACAGUAAUUGCUUUGAGCAUCUUAUCCGACUGCUACAGAAUUGCAAGCUAUUUUUAAAUGCUAACAGUAAGGUGGCAGACAAGAACGAGAAAGAUCUUGCCAACAAAUUACUGACAGAAAUGAAUGAGGACCAGGUAUUUCAAGAACAAUUGGAUUGUUUGGCUAUAUCUACCAUUCAGGCCCUGACAGCAGUGAUGAACAAAUCUCCAGCUGCUAAGGAGGUGUUUAAAGAACGAAUUGGUUAUGCACAUAUGUAUGAGGUAUUAAAAUCCCUUGGUCAACCUUCACUGGAAUUGCUAAAAGAACUUAUGAAUAUGGCUGUAGAAGGGGACCACACAUCUGUUGGGAUUUUGGGCAUUAGCAAUGUCCAGCCCUUAUUGUUGCUUAUCCAGUGGCUUGCAGAACUAGAAUCACAUGACCUACAGAUAUUCAUCUCUGAAUGGUUGAAGCGAAUUUGUUCUCUUAAUAGACAGAGUCGAACUACCUGUGUCAAUAACAACAUGGGUCUCCGAAUCAUCGCUACCCUUGCUUCCCAUUCUUCACUUCAUUGUACUUGUGCAGAGAACUUGAUUGCUCUCCUUGGUUCUUUGGGGAGUCAGUCAAUGAGUAGCGAAGAGCUCCACAGAUUAAUAAGACUCCUGAGAACAGAUGAAUCCAAGAAGAUCCAUUCUUAUACCAUUCCUGUAUUGCGUGCCAUCCUGGCAAUGGCUCGUAAGCAAACUUUAGAGAGUGCACUGCAGUAUUUUAAUUUGUCUCAUAGUAUGGCAGGUAUUUCUGUACCAUCCAUUCAGAAAUGGCCAGGGUCUGCCUUUUCCUUCAGUGCUUGGCUUUGCCUAGACCAGGAUCAGUUGAAUAUUGGAAUCUCUAACAAGGGAGGGAAGAGAAAACAACUCUACAGCUUUUUUACAGCAAGCGGCAUGGGCUUUGAAGCCUUUCUGACUUCUUCGGGAGUAUUAGUGGUGGCUGUGUGCACUAAGAGAGAGUAUGCAACUGUCAUGCUUCCUGAACACAGUUUCUGUGAUUCCCUCUGGCACAACAUAACCAUUGUUCACAUGCCUGGAAAAAGACCCUUUGGUCAGAGCCUUGUCUAUAUCUACGUCAAUGGACAACAGAAGGUUUCUGCCCCUCUCAGGUUUCCUGCAAUGAAUGAACCUUUUACUUCAUGUUGUAUUGGCUCAGCUGGACAAAGGACAACCACACCCCCUCCAUCCCAAAUCCCAGACCCACCUUUCUCCUCUCCAAUCACUCCUCACCGAACAUCAUUUGGUGGAAUUCUGGCUUCAGCCUCCUGGGGAGGAGGAACACCUGAAAAAUCAGAGUUGCUAACCAAGUUAAUUUCAGCUGGAACUCAGGAUAGUGAAUGGGGAUGUCCAACAUCUCUAGAGGGUCAGCUUGGGUCAGUAAUCAUCUUCCAUGAAGCGCUACAUGCUCCUCACGUGAAACUGUUAUAUUUGGCAGGUCCAAACUGCUUAAGUCCUUGGAAAUCCCCUGAAUUUGAAAUGCCAGAUCUGCCUAGUAAAAUUCUUCUGUACUACACACCAAAGGCCUGCAGAAAUUCUAUCUGCCUAGAUUUAUCAACCAAUUGUUUUCAUGGAAGAUUAACAGGAAACAAAGUAGUGAACUGGGACAUCAAGGAUGUUAUAAAUUGCAUAGGUGGCUUGAAUGUCAUCUUUCCACUGUUGGAACAAAUCAGUUUUUUUGAUGGACAGAUAACUGAAAGAAAUAAGGAAAGUGUGCUUCCUGAGAUGAUGACACCUGUAGAAGGAGACUGGGUAAUAUUAUCUUCUACAAAAGCUUCAGAAUCUAGACUAGAGAAGAACUUAGUUGCAAUGUUUAUCUUGGUGGUAAAGCACUUUAUUCAGAGACACCCUAUCAAUCAAGAAAAUUUCAUUCACUCCCAUGGAGUUGCGAUCCUUGGUGCUUUACUACAGAAGGUUCCAAGUAACUUAAUGGAUGUGAAUGUAUUAGUUGCAGUGCAGCUACUAAUUGAGCAAGUGUCAGUGGAGAAAAAUAUUCAACUUCUGCAGCAAAUGUAUAAAUUUUUACUUUUUGAUUUUCGUAUCUGGAAUCGUGGAGAUUUUCCCUUUCGGAUUGGUCAUAUACAGUAUCUUUCUACUAUUAUCAAAGAUAGCAGAAGGGUCUUCCGAAAGAAGUACGGUGUGCAAUUUCUACUGGAUACACUCCGGAUUCAUUAUGGGACUAAUUGUAAAGAGAGCAGUGAAUUGUCUUCAGAGGAUGUCCAAACAAUACGGACAUCCUUGUAUGGGUUGAUCAAAUACUUUUUGAGCAAAGGUGCAACACUGGAAGAAAUACAGAGCAUCAUGGGAUACAUAGCUGUUAUCAAUGAAGAAGACCAGCUCUUUGGAAUUUUGGAUGUCCUCUUCAGUCUGCUUCAUACCAGUCCAGUACGAGAUCAACUUUUCUUACUGCUCUUUGAGCCAGGAAAUGCUGAUAUACUCUAUGUCUUGCUGUUAAAUCAGAGAUAUUCUGAUAGAUUAAGAGACCUGAUAUUUAAGAUUAUAGAACAGAUGCUGAAAUGCACUAAAGUCUAUGAAAGGAGUAAACAGAGUAUUCGACUUAGAGACGUUGGUUACUCAGGGCUGGGGCUCCUUCUGAGUGAAGUACCAGUAAUGUUUCCCUUAUUAAAAGAUUUUACAUAUUUUUUCUCAUUCACAGAUACUGUUGUGAAUUUCAAAGAUCUAUUAGCUGUAAUGUACAUGUCUCAUAAAGGAUACACUGUCAGAGUGCCUAUGUGCAGAAAGGUUUACAAAUGUUGCAGGCCCCAAUCAGAUAUAGCCCAACAGAUUUCUCAGCAAGUAGGAUGGCAAGAGACCUUGGUUAGGCUUUUUCUAAAAUUAAAUUUUGUAAAUGGAAAUGGACUAAGGCAUAGCAGGACUGAUUUUAUUAAGGAAGAAGACAAAAACCAUGCCCCUGAAGAUCCAAAGAAGUACUGUGAUGAAAAGGGAGAAGGAGAGAAAGUGAACUCCUUUGUUUUGCCCACUACAGCUUUUGAUUCCGUGGUGCUUGGAGGAAAGACAAUCUCUAACUCUAACACACACUUACUAUUAGAUGAUAGUUCAGUGUCAGAAAACCAUGUGUGGCGUAAUAAUUCAGUCCCACUUGAGUUUGGAUCUCAUGGGAUUGACUCAUUGGAACUAAGUGAUAGUGGGAGUCAAAUGCCAGACAGUUUGCCCAGCACACCAUCCUCCAUAGAGGGUUCUUCUAAAGCAUUUUCUGUGCCACUUGACAAGGAGUGCACCCUUACAAAUGACAUGGGAUACAUUGAUGACCUUUCAUUAUUUGAAAAUCAAGAGCUUUGUCUUUUUUUCCCCCUAGAGAUGUAGGAAGAGCUCCUACAAUUAAUGACAAGCAUUCUGAGUUGUGUGAUGUGUAGGGGAAUAGAAAGGUCGGAUGACGCUGCUUGGAUUGAAAGGGGUCAAGUGCUUUCUGCUCUAACUAAACCAGGAAUUUCCAGUGAGCUACUUAGACCCCCAGAGGAAAUAAAACUGUGUUUGCUACAGAAGAUGUUAGAGUGGGCAGUUGCAGAAAACAGAGAGGCAAAAACUAAUCCAGCAACUGCAGAAAAUGCCUUCCGACUUCUGCUCAUCCUACAGGAUUUUCUGCAGACAGAGGGACUAGUUAACUCAAAUCUGUGGACUGAAAAGCUUUUAGAAGACAUGAUGCCUCUCUUUGACAGCCUAUCCAUCUGGUACUCAGAUAGCCCAGAGUGGGUGAAACUUUCUCAAAUUCAAAUCCAUUUGCUUCUGGGAUUCAUUGGGACAGAUAAUUUACAGGUUUGUGCCAUGGCCUCAGCCAAGCUGAAUACACUUCUUCAGACCAAAGUGAUUGCAAACCAAGCUGAAGCAUGUUACCUGUUAGGGAAGUUGGAGCCUGUUCUGAGCCAGUCUAUCAGGGAGCAGACGGAAACCUACUCAUUUCUCAUUCCUCUUUUUCGUUCCCUCGUGUCUAAGAUUUAUGAGCUGCUCUUUAUGAAUUUGCACCUUCCCUCAUUCCCCACCACUAAUGGCAGCCCCUCAUUCUUUGAGGAUUUUCAAGAGUACUGUAAUUCACAUGAGUGGAAAAUUUACAUCGAGAAAUAUAUCAUGCCCUAUAUGAAGCAAUAUGAAGUUCAGACAUUUGGCGAUGGCUGUGAGUCUAUGGCACUUUAUUGGAAGGACUGUUACGAAGCCUUAAUGGUCAACAUGCAUAAACGAGACAGAGAAGGAGGAGAAAGCAAACUCAAAUUUCAGGAUUUUUUUGUGGAACCAUUUAAGAGAAAGGCACGUCAAGAAAACUUACGUUAUAACAGUAUGCUUAAACAAAUUAACAGCCAACAUUUAGCCACUUUGAGACAGUGGAAGGCAAUCCAGCUUUAUCUGACAUGUGAAAGAGGUCCUUGGGCUGAAAGGAAACAGAAUAUUAUUCACUGGAAACUUGCUAAUGUGGAAAAUUAUUCUCGAAUGAAGCUUAAAUUGGUACAGAAUUAUAAUUUUAACUCUCAUGAGGAAGCCAGUGCUUUGAGGGACAAUUUAGGUGUCCAGCACUCCCAGCUCUCUAGUGAAUCAUUGCUGCUAGAGGUGGUGAAACAAGUGAAGGUCAAUGAUAGGGAAGAGGAUAAACUAGACCUUCCUGAAGAAGACACAGCAGCCAGAGCAGACAUAGAUGAGAAAGGAGAACAGAGUCAAAAGGAAAAACUGGUAUUAUCUGAAGACUGUGAACUUAUUACAGUCAUUGAUGUGAUUUCUGGCAGAUUUGAAGUUACUACUCAACACAUUUACUUCCAUGAUGGUAGCAUUGAAAAAGAAGAUGGAAUAGGUUAUGAUUUCAAAUGGCCUCACCCUCAAGUUCGAGAGAUACACCUACGACGGUACAACUUGAGAAGGUCGGCCUUGGAGAUUUUUCUCAUUGAUCAAUCCAACUACUUUCUCAAUUUCAAAAAGGAGGUCAGAAAUAAAGUGUACAGUCGACUCAUAUCAUUUCAUUCUCCAAAUAUUCAUGGAACCAGAUCACCACAGGAGUUAUUUAAAGCAUCAGGUUUGACACAGAAGUGGGUCAACAGAGAGAUUUCAAAUUUUGACUACCUCAUUCAAUUAAACACAAUGGCAGGAAGAACCUAUAAUGACCUUGCCCAAUAUCCUGUGUUUCCUUGGAUUUUGAAGGAUUAUACUUCAGAGGAUUUAGAUCUCAAUAACCCAGCUGUAUUCCGAGACCUCUCUAAGCCCAUUGGAGCAGUAAAUGAUAAGAACGCCAAAGCUGUGCAAGGAAAAUAUGAAAACUUUGAGGAUCCACUGGGGAUUGUUGACAAGUUUCACUAUGGUACUCAUUAUUCAAAUCCUGCUGGUGUUAUGCAUUAUCUCAUUCGUGUAGAACCCUUCACCUCCCUCCAUAUUCAGCUUCAGAGUGGAAGGUUUGAUUGUGCGGAUCGACAGUUCCAUUCUAUCCCUGCUACCUGGCAGGCCCUCAUGGAUAAUCCAUAUGAUGUGAAAGAGCUUAUUCCUGAGUUCUUCUACUUCCCAGAGUUCUUGGAAAAUCAAAAUCAUUUUAAUUUGGGGCGCCUACAAAUCUCUAAAGAAGUAGUAAAUGAUGUGGUUCUCCCUAAAUGGGCAAAAUCUUCUGAAGAUUUCAUCUAUAAACAUAGGAAAGCUCUGGAGUCUGAGUAUGUUUCUGCACAUCUUCAUGAAUGGAUAGAUCUGAUUUUUGGCUAUAAACAAAGGGGCCCAGAUGCAGUAGAAGCACUCAACGUUUUCUACUACUGUAGUUAUGAAGGAGCAGUGGAUCUUGAUGCCUUAACGGAUGAAAAAGAAAGAAAAGCUUUAGAAGGAAUGAUUAACAAUUUUGGACAAACACCCUGUCAGCUAUUAAAGGAACCUCACCCUCCAAGAUUAUCAGCAGAAGAAGUUGUACAGAGACAGACCAAAACUGACACUGCAACCUUGAACCUCUUCCAUCAUCUCCCUGAACUCAACUCAUUCUUUAUAGAGGGUAUCAGUGAUGGUGUUCCACUAGUAAAAGCUCUUGUUCCCAGGAAUCAGCCUCGUUCUUUUAUGACUCAGGGUAGCCCAGAGAUACUGUUAACAGUAAGCAUGAACUGUGUAAUCGGAACCCAUGGAUGGCUGCCUUAUGACAGAAAUAUUUCUAAUUAUUUUACAUUUAUCAAAGAUCAAACUGUAACAAAUCCUAAAACUCAGCGUGGCAUAAAUGGUCCUUUUGCUCCAGGACUGGAUAUUACUUCAAAGCUAUUUGUAGUAUCACAUGAUGCGAAGUUAUUAUUCAGUGCAGGACACUGGGACAAUAGCAUUCGAGUAACAUCACUAACCAGAGGCAAAAUGAUUGCACAGCACAUCAGGCAUAUGGAUAUUGUGACCUGCUUAUCCACAGAUUAUUGUGGAAUACAUUUGAUUUCUGGUUCAAGAGAUACUACGUGUAUGAUAUGGCAAGUAGCACAGCAGGGAGGUAUUCCUGUGGGCUUAGUGCCCAAACCCCUCCAGAUUCUUUAUGGACACACUGAUGAAGUAUCUAGCGUUGGCAUUAGCACCGAACUAGACCUGGCAGUGUCGGGAGCAAGGGAUGGCACUGUGAUUGUUCAUACAAUUCAGAAAGGCCAGUAUGUGAGGACUUUGCGGCCACCAUGUGAGAGUUCUCUCCUAUUGACAAUUCCCAACUUGGCCCUGUCAUGGGAAGGACACAUCAUUGUCCAUUCCAGCAUUGAAGAAAACACCACACUCAAGGAUAGAAAUGCAUUACAUCUCUUUUCUGUAAAUGGAAAGUAUCUAGGGUCUGAGGCCCUUACAGAACAAAUAUCGGAUAUGUGUGUAGCUGGAGACCACAUCAUAGUGGGCAGCUUGCAAGGGUUCCUGUCCAUACGAGAUCUGCACAGCUUAAAUCUGAGUGUCUCCCCAUUAGCCAUGAGGCUGCCCAUCUACUGUGUUUCUGUUACCAAAGAACAUAGCCAUAUUCUCGUGGGUCUGGAAGAUGGCAAACUGAUUAUUGUUGGUGUUGGCAAGCCAGCUGAGAUGCGUACAGGCCAGCUGUCCCGAAAGUUGUGGGGAUCCAGCAAACGGCUCAGCCAGAUUUCAGCUGGAGAGACAGAAUAUAACACUCAACAUUCUAAGUGAUUACUGCUUACAGCUGCUACCAUUGAUCACCAAAACUUAAUUUAUUUUUGUCACUUUAACCAAAUCUCUCGAUUUUAUGAUGACUCAACAUUUUAAAUUCUGAAAAUCAUUGGUAAAUUAUAAAAUUUAUUGUAUGUGUACUAUAUUUACAAAGGUACAGAGUCUUGUCUUCAUCAUUUUAAAAAUUCUUUAUCUAGUCCCAGUGAAUCAAAUGGUAUUAAUGCUCUUUCUUGUUCUGCACCAAAGUUGAGAAAAAUACAAGGGAUUAGACUUAGUGCUUGUUCUGUAAUCUAUUGUUUAUAGUCUGUAAACCAUUGUAUAGUCCAGAUUUUACUUCUGAGAAAACUAAGAUAAAAAUCAAAGAAAAUGAGACUUAUUUAUUUUGGUUAUAUUUAUCAUUCUAAACAGUACAAGAUAUGGUACUUAACUAUAAAAAGUUUAUAAUAGGAUAUUGGAGAAAAAAGAGGGCUUUUUACAUAAGCUUUUUAGGCUUUUCUUUUUAAAUUGACUAUUUAAGCAACUGAAUUGAUUUUUUUUUUUUGGAACUCCUCCUGAAUUUAAGAAUUCUUCAAGUCUGUUGCACUACUGCUGGAUGUUCCAAAAUCAUUUGUAGUUAAAGUACAAGGAUGUAUGAUAAACCCAAAAGAAAUAUAGAAAUUGCUACAUAACCCUCUUUCGAUAAAACUCACCACAUAGAUUUCUGAGAAAUUACUCAGAUGUAUUUUUAUCUUAAAAUUAUAAAGUCCAAGGGAAAAACAGAGGGACAAGGGGUACAUUUUUGUCCUUUUGAUUUAUUAGUAGUUGAAUUAUUUAAAUAAAAGUUAAUAAAUUCAAAUAUUCUAUGCAGGAUUGACAGUCAGAUCCUUUGAAAUGCAUUUGGAAAAUAAUAAUUCUACAUCUGCAUGAUGUUAUAUUGUGUAGCUUUUAUUAUUUCUGAACUUUUUUGUACUAAGCAGAUUGUUUUCUUGACGUUACUAGAAGUCAGCAAUUAUAUCCCAAGUUGAAAUUGUGUUCUAUUUUGACCUUCCUUUGAUGUGAUUUGUCUGUUAAUUGGAAAAAUGUACACCAUUUAAAAAGCAGUCAUUGAGAUAUAGUUCUUUUAAAAAUGCAUAUAUUUGCAACUGAUGUUUGUGAUAACUAGUUGGUUUAGAUUGAUGGACUUAAUUCCUGUUUAAUCUGGUUAAAUGCUGAAUGUCAAAGCAUUCAUUGUUCAAGACUAACAAGAAAGGAUUGGUUUUAUUUUAAUAGAAAAAGAUUAAGCACAAUGCCCUUAUAAAACCACCUUUUAUACUUCUAAUGUAAUGGAUUGAACUCACAAUUCUUUGAAACAAUAAUUUUCUAUAAUAUUCCACAUGGCAUAGUUUUUUCUACUUUAUUUAAUUAGAUCUAUAUGUAUGAUUGUGUUUAUUUAUUUUUAAAGUUUUAUUGAUGCCUUCUGUUUUUAAUAUCACAGUUUAGUUUUUUUUUUUUAAUUAAAUCUUUUCAUCCUCAAAUAACUUGAAUAAUCCAGGUAGCAUCUAUUAUUGAUCUCUUUAUAACUAUUGGUUGUUAAGAAAUUUUAAAUAAAAAAUUCUAUGUAGUGGAAGUUUUUAAAUAGAUAAGACAUAAUAGGAAGGGUUUGAUAUUAAGGAACAUUAAAAGAGAAGGAUGUGUUUCUAUGGUUUAAAUCAGUACAAAAUUUAAAAACGAAAUGCACUAGUAAAAUAAGGUAAAACAUAUUUAAGAAGGAUAUUACAGUGGAAAUAUUUUGAUGUCCCAAGGAUGUGUACAAUACAUACAAGGAUAAUGUCCCAAAUGUGUAAACUAAAGCAACUGUGACUGUAAAAUUAUGUGACAGGCAAAAAGGAUUAUAUAGUGGUCUUUGAACAGAAAUCUCUAGAUAAUGACUUUUGUUUUAUUGCAUUUAUUAGUUAAUUUCGUUCAAUUUUAAUAGAAUUAUUGCUAGAAUUAAUAAUCAGGUAACUGAUAAAAUAUGGAUAUCUGUGUAUAUGUUUUAGUUUUGCCAUUUUUGAGAUUUUAUCAAGUGGGAGGAACAUAAUGUUUCUAAAUGGACUGAAAAAUAGUAGUUUGUUUUAACCCAAAUGAAAUUAGAACUUUGUUUUGAAAUUUCUUUUAAGAUUUGUACAGAGAGAUUUAGAUGGGGUCACUUUUUAUUUAUUUAAAAAUAUGCAAAAUUAAGUACCAGAUGAUAUUUUAAUUGGAAGUUGGUACCUAUACAAAAUGCUGAGUAUGUCAUUGGAAUUUACUAGUAUAUUUUGAUUUACAUUAAAAAGUGUCAUAUUAUGCUUAUUUUCUAAAUGGAGAAACAGUGAACUUUCUCAGGUUUUCUACUGUUUAGAGAGAAAUAUAUUUUGUGGUACAAAUGCUAUAGGAUUUGGUCUUAACAGGAACUAAAUAGCUAAGGCCAAUUGUAUUACUAGAUACCCUAACAAUAGGAUGCUAGUUUUCUGUAAUCCUAUUUCUAUCAGUUUUUAAAAGUAUAACAUGCACUAAGGUACAAAGAAAAGUUAGCAUCACCAAGUUUAAGAUAAGACCACUUUUUAUAAACGAUUUUGGAAUUCUAAAAUAAUCCAGAAAAUUAUAUACAUUUGUUGACCAACAGAAAAUACAAAGAAAAAUAAUGGAUAAAAUCCAAGAGAAGUAAUAUAAACAUUUUGGACUUCAUGCAAAAACUUUAUAUUAUAUAAACUAAGCCCAUCUCAUUAGUUGGGUGACUCUGGAUGAGAUCACUUCUCUGAGCUUCCAUUUCUUCAUGUAAAAUGAGGAAUCUAGGUAUUUUCUGGCUCUAAAAACUCAGGGGUAUUCACAAUCACUUAAGGAAAAGAAUCAGAAUUAGGAUUUGCAAUUGAUUCUUAUAAAACCCAAAAUAUGACUGUUUUAAAGUCUUUUUGUCAUUUUAAAUUUUCUUAAAAUUCUGAUGGAAGUACCCUGAAUUAGUGAAUACAAAGGAUGACCCAGGUUCAGAUCCUACCUCUGGCACUUAAUACCUGUGUUGGCAUGGACAUCUUCGCUCCUUUGAGCCUCUGGCAAUGGGAGACUUUUUUUUGGCGAGGCAAUUGGGGUUGAGUGACUUGCCUAGGGUCACACGGCUAGUAAGUGUUAAGUGUCUGAGGCUGAAUUUGAACUCAGGUCCUCCUGACUCUAGGGCUGGUGCUCUAUCCACUGUGCCACCUAGCUGCCCCUGGGAGACUUUUAUUUAUACAGGACAAUGCAGUGGCUGUGAUUACAUUUUGAUAUUGGGCUUACUUCAAGAUAAAAAGCUAAAAAAAAUGUUUAUUUUAGUAAUUUCAACCCUUCAACUUAAUUUUUUACUGUCAGUUUUUAUCUAAAAUGGGGAGGGGAGGGGAAGGAACAAGAGGAAAAGGAGGAAUAGGAAGAGAAUUAAUAAUGGUAGGUAGUUAGGUAGCAAGUAAAAAACAAAAUCCUGUUGUAGUGAGAAAUAGAGACCCUAUGAAAUAUGAAGCACAUUUAAACCUGAAAAGAGAAUGGGUUUAAACUUUUCAUUUUCAUGUGAAGCUCAUAUUGCUAUCUUUUCUUCUAAUAGCAAUUUGGGUCCAGUUUGUGAAUGUUUUUUGUUUUGUUCCCCCCCACCACAAACCCCCCCACCCCGGGCAAUGAGGGUCAAGUGACUUGCCCAAGGUCACACAGCUAGUAAGUGUCAAGUGUCUGAGGCUGGAUUUGAACUCAGGUCCUCCUGAAUCCAGGGCCAGUGCUUUUUCCACUGCGCCACCUAGCUGCCCCUGUUUGUGAAUGUUUUUUUUUUUUGAAUCUUCAUUCCACAUACAUCCUUGGUAACUUUUAGCUAUCUUAUGAAUAAUAGUCACUUAUGACAUUGAAAUAAAUUAUGUUAUAAAAUAUUAUCCUUGAGAUCACGUAAGUACAUUUUCUAUAACAAAUGCCAGCUUUUUUUUCACAGGGAGUAGUAGUGAAGCUUAAUAUAUAUUUUUUUCAAUCUGGAAAUUAUCUUUGUAAUUUGCAUAGAGAAAUUAAAUGUAUGUCAGUUAAUUAGAUCUGGGAGUCCUGAAGUGACUCGUAUCCUUAUUUUCUAUUUUGUCCCAAUAGGAACAGAAUAUACUGUAAUAGUCAUCUGUUUCAUGAUUAGAGACCUUGUUUUUGUCAUGAUGUGCUUCGUAUUGCCUUUGCCCUGCGAGCUGUUGUGGAAAAUCUU